UUUGGGCAAUUCCAGUUCCUAUUCCAGUUCCUGUGGUAUCUAGGAUCUGAAGUAAGCUGCCUCUGACUUCAAGACCAAUUUCAAGGUCGUAGGCUCAGUCUGUCGCAAUUUGUGACUACUGCACCUCGCCUGAAGAUUCGUACAAGCAUUCAUCUACCCUCCGGUUGAUAUCUCCGUAGGCCGAAUCACUCCGUUUUAUGUGCUUGUGAAUCGUCCAUGGCUGCUGCGACCGACGCUGUAUUCACGAAGCUAGCGGAAGAUAAGGCCUUAGAAACGGAAGGUCUUGGAGGUUCAGCCGGGAAUGGCGGUACAUCUGACAUGCCAGCAGCCAGCACGGGAGAUGUAGUCACAGGAUCGUCUAACGGCAUCCCUCCUGCUUCUAACGGAUCAACCAGCGAAGCGAAACAGGGAGAAGAGGUAGCAGCAGCGGAAUACGCGGAGACUAAGGCCGUUGCGACGGAAGCGGCAGCAGAUGGUGCUGCAGAUGGUGCUGCAGCGGGAGGGGGAGCGGAUGGAGACAGCAGCCAACCAGGGGAUUCCGAUCAGGCUGGGGAUACCAAGCCGGCUGAGGAUAGCAGCCGGCCGGAGGAUAGUGGUCAGGCGGCGUCAGGGCACACGAUGAUUGGGGGGAGCAUAGUGGGCGAUGUUCUCUACAGCAUUGCCACGGGGGAGGAGGAAGGCAGGUCGCGGGCUCGAAUCCUCGCGUUCGCAGCAAAACGUUACCAGACGGCGGUGGAGCGCAACCCCCGGGACUACGACGCGCUCUACAACUGGGCGCUGGUGCUGCAGGAGAGCGCGGACAACUGCGGGCCAGAAGCCGGGCUGCAGGGGAAGGACGCCCUGCUGGAAGAGGCUUGCCGCAAGUACCAGGCUGCCAGUCAGCUGUGCGGCACUCUGCACGAGGCGUUCUACAACUGGGCUAUUGCCAUUUCCGACCGAGCCAAGAUCCGAGGCAGGACUGCCGAAGCUGAGGACCUCUGGAAGCAGGCGUGCAGCAAGUACGAGCGCGCAGUGCAGCUGAACUGGGACUCGCCCCAGGCGCUCAACAACUGGGGGCUGGCGCUGCAGGAGCUGAGCACCAUCGUGCCGGCCAGAGACAAGCGCAAGGUGGUGCGCAAGGCCAUCAACAAGUUCCGAGCGGCCAUUCGCCUUCGAUACGAUUUUCAUCGAGCCAUUUACAACCUUGGCACUGUUCUGUACGGCUUGGCAGAGGACACGAUGAAAGCAGCCAAGAGCAAGACGGGGGUGAUGCCUGACCGCACCAAGCAUCCUGCCAACGAUAUUUACAGCCAGUCGGCUGUCUACAUCGCCGCUGCUCACUCGCUCAAGGCUGACUACCCUGUGUACCGGAAUGCGCUUCGACUUGUGCGAACUAUGCUCCCCCUCCCCUAUCUCAAGGGCGGCUACCUCACCGUGCCACCUGGCGGCAACUCAUUGGCUCCCCAUGUGGAGUGGCUGCGGCGCUGGUUUGUGCUGGACAAUGAGGGCCUGAGAGAGGGCAAGAAGCCCGAGCCUAAGCAGUCUCACCCGAACCUGACCUCCCGCCGCAACACAGCCCAUUCCCAGACCUCCGUGACAGCUUCGAUCGUUCCCAAGCCUGAGCCCGCUCCCCCUAGUGCUGCCGCCCCUGCCACGCCUACCAACCCUGCAACCCCAGGUUCGGCUGCUGCUGCAUCAGCCAAUCAGCGCAGUGGAGAUGGGGGAAGUUGGUCAUCAGAUGCUGUGGGUGGGCGGCCCAAUUUGUCCUCUAGUUUGGACGCUGCAGUUGCUGUGCUGCCGCCCCCACCAAUCCAUGUGGAGCUCGGCCAGAUUGUUUCGGUGGAGGCUUGUGCUGAUCUAAGCCUGCCGGCCGGAGGAGGCAUUGUGUUGGAUACUGUAAAUGGGCCAUUCUACAUGGUGGCGGAUGAUUGGGAAUCCAUGGAUGCUUGGGUGGAUGCUAUUCGUUUGGUGUACACUAUCUAUGUGCGAGGGAAAUCUGAAGAUCUCGCAGCUGUUCUUGCCGCCUAGAAACUGGAACGAUGGUGUCACAACGGUUUUUAAGAAGGUUUGAGAUUCUAAUUUCUACAUGGUUGCAAUACUCAUCUUACGUGGCAAUUGUACUAAGUUUUGCCUUUCUAGUGGUGAAUGCUGCUGGGU